CGUAGCAGUGACGUAGCCGCGGAGGGCGUGGUCGACUUGUGAGAUGUCAGGGAGGAAUGGCGGAAUGGCGCUCGGCGCGGUAUUUUGAACAAUCGCCUUUUUUCCUUUCCUCGUUUAAUCUGGAAACGUUGCCCAGCGAAACAAAACCAUCACGGGAGAGCUGAGACUUUGCAAGCAUGGAUGUGGUGUCACCAGAGCUCAACAGCCUCCUUCCUGAUGAGAUCAUGGAUACUGAGGCCAUAGAGGACAUCCCUCACUCCCAACCAGACGGCACCGCGGCCCAGUCAGAGCCCAGCGAUGACGCACCGGUGCCGAUGGAAACGGAUACGCCCAUGGCUUCAGAAAAUUUGAGCCUCUGUUCAAAUGCCACCUCAAUAGAACACACAAAGGCUCUCACCACCUCCACUGCCUCAGACACCACAUUCAGCAUCAGCUCCGGGAGUCAGCUUCCUAUCUCCAUUUCCAGUACAUCGUCAUCGCUUCUUACCCUCAAACCAGCCAUGGCUACUUCCAUAGCCGCUACCAAAACGACAGAUAGUUUGACUGGGACUAGUAUCACUACAAGCGGGUUACAGAGGCUCACGGCUCCCUUUACCAUCUCUCCUGCAAACCACCAGAUCAUUCUCAACAAGGUGGCCUCAUCUCAAGCCACAGAAGCAGCAAAGUCUGCAGGUACACCCCAGGUCAUCAAGCAGGAAGGACAAAAACUUUUGGUUACAGCGAUAGGAAAGUCGGGGCAGCCUAUAGUGUUGCAGUUACCACACACGGUCAGCAAGCCUGGCGUUUCACAGACUUUAGGAGACAACAAAUCUCAACCUCAACAGUAUAAAGUGGUGACUAUUGGUGGGAGGACGGAGCUGAAGCCGGUGAUGGGGAGCGUUGGCAACCAGCUGACCACAUUACAGGCCCAGCAGCUGAAGACUGUACAGAUUGCCAAGAAAACACCGGUAUCCUCCGCUGCACCAAUCAAGUUUAUCAUCACAAAAACUGUUAACAGCAAAGGUCUAAAUCCUCAGACAUCAGUAUCUCCUGUUAUUGCAGGACGUGUCCUGACACAGAGUUCUCCAGGGAUGCCCCAGAGGACCAUCACUCUGUCUGAGCCCCACAACACCAGUAUACAAAGUAUCUCUGGCAAAAAGAUUGCUAUUUCACCGCUUAAGACUCCCAGCAAGGUGACCGUGGUAUCGGUGGCUUCUCCGACAUCCGGCGCCUCUCAGAAGUCUAUGACGCUGCCUGUCAAUGUAGCACUUGGCCAGCAGAUCCUAACAGUCCAACAGUCCACAUCAGGAUCUCCAGUCAAGGUGGCCACCGGCCAAACCACGACACAGGGUAUUAAACAGGUGCAGUCAGUGUCUGUGGGAGGAGUCGGCGGCUCCCAGUUCAAGACCAUCAUCCCACUGUCUACGCAGACGAAUGUGCAGCAGAUUCAGGUUCCAGGUAGCCGGUUCCACUACGUCCGCCUCGUCACGGCAACAACAGCGAGCAGCACGGGACAGCCCAGUGGUCCCAGCACCAGCUCUAUACAGACAGCUAAGCCCAUGGUGGUCAGUACAGGAGCAGUCAGGAUGUCUGUCCCGAUCGUCCCAGCACAGACCAUCAAACAGAUGGCACCGAAGCCCUUAACAUCAGCAACGGUAGUAACCACCAAUCAGACACAGCAACGCCUCAUCAUGCCUGCCACUCCACUGCCCCAGAUCCAGCCCAACUUCACCAACCUCCCUCCAGGCACCGUUCUGGCACCAGCUCCAGGAGGCGGGAACGUGGGCUAUGCAGUCGUGCCAGCACAAUACGUCACACAGCUCCAGCAGACGCCGUUCGUGACCCUCGCCAGCAGCUCUGGUUUCGCCGCGGCCCCCGGUAUCCAGACUCAGGCCAGAAUGCCUCUCAAUGGCUUGUCAACAGCAGAAACAACCUCAAGACCGAGGAAACCAUGCAACUGCACCAAGUCGCAGUGCCUCAAACUAUACUGUGACUGCUUUGCAAAUGGAGAGUUCUGCAAUAAUUGUAACUGCAAUAACUGCUUCAAUAACCUGGAACAUGAAACGGAGCGUCUCAAAGCUAUAAAGACCUGUCUGGACCGGAACCCAGAGGCCUUCAAACCUAAAAUCGGUAAAGGAAAAGAGGGCGAGUCGGACCGUCGACACAGCAAAGGCUGCAACUGCAAACGAUCAGGCUGCCUGAAGAACUACUGCGAGUGUUACGAGGCGAAGAUCAUGUGCUCGUCCAUUUGUAAGUGCAUCGGCUGUAAGAACUUUGAGGAGAGCCCGGAGAGGAAGACGUUAAUGCACUUGGCUGACGCAGCAGAAGUGAGGGUACAGCAGCAGACUGCAGCGAAGACCAAGCUGUCGUCGCAGAUCUCAGACCUGCUCAUGAGGACGACACCUGUUAUCUCAAGUGGAGGCGGGAGGCUGCCACAUACGUUUGUAACGAAGGAGGUGCUUGAAGCGACGUGCGAGUGUCUGCUGGAACAGGCCAAAAAGGCCGAACAGACUCAUCAGCCUCAGCAGGAAGCGGAGAGGAUGAUCCUGGAGGAGUUCGGACACUGCCUCAUGAGGAUAAUCAAUUCGGCGGGGAAAGCCAAAGCAGACUGCGCCUCCAUCAACUGCUAGGCCGAGCAGCGCUCUGGCUCUCCCCACCCUCGAACCCGAACCCAGCUGUGGGGGGGCCCGAGAGGCAACGGAUUACUCUGUCUCGGACCCCUGGGGGUUUCUCUCCUGCAGGGAAACAGGUUGUCUCCCUCAUUAAAGGGCAGAACAAUGGCCUGAGGGUAGAUCCCCCUGCCUUGGGCAAGCCUAAGGCCAGCUGGAAUAAUAAACAUAGAACAGACGUUUAAGGACAAAUGGACAGAGCACACCGCCUCUGAUGGACCUUUAACGCUGUUCUCCCACUUCUUCACCUGGCUGUGAUGGACAGAAAUGACUGAGCAACGUAGUGCUGAACAGGGAUUUCUUCACUUUACUUUCCCUACAGGGCCCCAUCAAAUCUCUGUGUGUCCUCUGAACUUUUGUUCUUCCAUUUUCUUCCGUUUUUCUUUUCCCCUUUUUGAAAAUGAAAUCCCUGUAAUUUUUAUGUAAUCAUUUGUGCUUACAGUAGACAAACAGAACAUGUAUCUUUUGAUAUUUAUUUUGACACGUAUUUGUAAUCAUUGUGAGCGCUAAUAUUGUGUGGCUUAUAGUGCUGCAAAUUGUUAAUUAUUAUUAUUAACCGAGGCUAGGCUAAAUUGUUUCAAGGAAAAUGAGUAGAGGCAAUCUUACGUUGUAUCCCUAUGAAUGCACACACACGAUGCAUUAUGCACACACACACAGAGAGCACGGCUCAGAAGAGUUGGAAUAUGGCGGUGGAGGUAGACGUUUCUUCUGGUGCUGUUUUCUGUUUUAUCAGUCACAUUGCUUACUGUACAUUAAAAACAUCAUGAAUGGAAAAACAAUUGAAACCUAUACGACUUAUUAAAUGAUGUUCCUAACUAGAGGUGAGCGGGUUAAUGUAACACAGAGCAGAUUACAGCUACUUGAUCCGUUGUUUGACAGUCAAAUGACAGAUAUUUACACCAUAUACUCUUAAGAUAUAUUGUUAGGACACAGGAAAUAUCCACUGCAUCAUGAAUGCAUGGCAUAGUUUCACUUCCCCUUAAUUUAAGAAAAACAAGAUAUUUGCUUCUUGCCAUCUUAGCAGUCAUCUUCUGUUUUAUGUCUCCAUUUUGUUUUUGUUAUAUUGUUUUUGUUUUUAAACCAUACCAUCUUAUCAGUAGACUAAUCAGGGCACAAAUGUGAUGUUAGGACAAUGUGUACAUUUCUUGUAUUUUAAAGGUCCCAUAUUAUAAAA